AUGGACGUUGAUGAUCAUCACAACCAGCUCAGAUACCCUGUCGUCCACGGGUACAGGAUAGGGGAGGAGAUUGGCGGAGGGGGAUUCUCAAAAGUAUUUCGAGCAAUAGAUGACUCGCAGGGUAGAGUAGCAGCCUGUAAAGUUGUCAACUUAUUCAUCUCCCCUACACUGGGCUACGGUACACCCAACAUCAAAGAACUGCAGAAGGAAGUACAGGUGCAUAAAGCCCUGAAGAACGACUAUAUACUGCAGUUCAUACAUUCCGAGGUGGUCGAGAAGGAUAAAGAGAGGAUGGGCUGGGUACCGGGACUGUACAUGGUUUUGGAGUUGGCAGUGGGAGGGGAUCUUUUCGAUAAGAUAGCUCCUGAUUAUGGUGUUCCAGAAGACUUGGCCAAAUUCUAUUUUUCCCAAUUAGUCUCAGGAAUGGAAUACAUCCACGACAAAGGGAUAGCUCACCGUGAUCUCAAACCUGAGAACUUACUCUUAGCUGCCAAUGGUAAUUUGAAGAUAUCAGAUUUCGGUUUAUGUGCGGUAUUCAAGCAUAAAGGCAAGACUAGGUUGUUAAGUGGAAGAUGUGGUAGUUUACCUUAUGUCGCUCCUGAGCUCGGUAAUCCAGCUGGAACGGGUUAUCAUGCUGAACCGGUUGAUAUUUGGGGUAUGGGUGUUGUGCUGUAUACUUUGUUGGUAGGAAAUACUCCAUGGGAUGAACCUUCCGAUGCCUCACCAGAGUUCUGCGCGUAUCGUACGGGAGAAUUGCUGCAGUACGACCCAUGGACAAGGAUACGAGGUCAGGCGAGGGCCAUAUUGCUGGCGAUGUUAACGAUAGAUCCUAGUCAGAGGAUCACGAUGGAAGGUAUCAAAUCGCAUCCAUGGUGUAUGACACCGAGUCAACUUCGACGCGAACAGAUACCUGAAGCUCUUACUCAGGGUAUGAAACAGGCAGGAAUGAUGACAGUCGUAGAUCCGGUGUUCAAUAGCACUGCUUCUCAGGCUUAUGCAGCCAGUCAAAGGAUGAAGAAUGAGAGUCAAUGGGGAAGUCAAUUCAAUCAGCAGGAAUCGCAGUUUAUGAGGGGGACAGGUAAUAUAACACAAUCCGGUACUUACAACACCAUAACAACCCGAUUCUGGCUCCGUCUGCCUCUCUCACAAGCCUUCGACGUCUUACUCGCUUACUUCAGACAAGAAUUAGGCGAAGGAAACGUCCAGCCUUCGUCUGAUAGGACUUAUCUCAGAGUGAUGAAGCCUGCAGGAGCCAAGACGAUACAGGGGAGGAUAGUCUUCGAAUCUAGCGACGAGUUCAGUCAGGGUGGAGAUACGCUGGUGGUAAUGCAUAGACAGAAGGGCUCGAUACUCCAAUGGAAGGUGUUCUGGUGGUCUGUAGCUAGGAGUCAGCCGCUUGAACCGUACGUGAUCGUAGGAGAUCAAGUGUGA